CACACACAGAGCUUCAGAGCUGCAGAACAUCACACACAGAAUGAGGGUUUUGCUUGCUAUCGCCACUCUUGUGGUUGUGGCUGGUGCAGCAAGUGUCUCUCUGGAGGAUCUGGAGUUCCAUGCCUGGAAACUUAAGUUUGGUAAGAGUUAUGGUUCAGUGGAAGAAGAGUCUCAGCGUAAGAUGAAAUGGCUGGACAAUCGUAAACUGGUCCUGGAGCACAACAUGCUGGCUGACCAGGGCAUCAAAAGCUACAGACUCGGCAUGAACCACUUUGCAGACAUGAGCGACCAAGAAUAUGAGGCCAUGUUCAAGGGCUGCCUGAUAUCCUUCAACACGACUAAGACUCGCAGUGCAACUCCAUUCCUCCCACAGGCGAGUGGUGCUUCUCUGCCCGUCGCUCAGGACUGGAGGAGCAAGGGCUACGUGACUGGUGUUAAAAACCAAAUGGAGUGUGGAUCCUGCUGGGCCUUCAGUGCGACAGGGGCACUAGAGGCUCAGAUGUUCAAGAAGACAAAGACACUGGUGUCCCUCAGUGAGCAGCAGCUGGUCGACUGCUCUUUUGAAAAUGGAAACAAUGGCUGUGAAGGUGGAAGUGUAGAUUUCGCCUUUAUGUACAUAAAGAAAGUUGGAGGCCUGCAGACAGAGGAGUCCUAUUCUUAUGAGAACGAGGAAGGGACUUGCAGAUAUAAUCAACAAAACGCUGUUGCUACCUGCAGCGGCUUCGAAACAGUGCCCGAAGGGGAUGAGAAUGCUCUGCAGUCUGCAGUGGCCGCAAUCGGACCUGUUUCUGUAGACAUAGACACCAGACGUCGCACAUUCAAACUUUAUCAGUCAGGUGUGUAUGAUGAACAAUACUGCAGCGAUACUAUUCUGGAUCACGCUGUCCUGGUUGUUGGUUAUGACCGCAGCACCAGUGGACAGGACUACUGGCUGGUCAAGAACAGCUGGGGUGUUAACUGGGGUGAAAACGGCUACAUCAAGAUGUCCAGGAACAAGAAAAAUCAGUGUGGUAUCGCCACAAAUGCUGUCUACCCGUUGGUAUAAAGAUGGGAGAAUAACAGAGCCCUAAUGAGUAUCUUACAUCUGAGCAGCGGCUAUGUGACAUCAACACAUGAUGAACUCAUGCCAGACUUACAGUAGUUCUUUAAAAACUGUCUACAGUUGCUGAAUUUCUUUUUCUUUUUUUCCAUUUAUU